ACUUGGCAUUCAGUAAGGUUUAUCAUCAGAGCUCGUUACAGACAACUCAGAGAAAACCUCUACACUGUCAACAUGGUCGACUGGACAGAUGCUGAGCGCAGUGCCAUCGUGAGCCUGUGGGGAAAAAUCAACGUGGAUGAAAUCGGACCCCAGGCUCUGGCCAGGCUUCUCAUCGUGUACCCCUGGACUCAGAGGCACUUCGCCUUGUUUGGCAAUCUGUCCAGCCCCUCCGCCAUCAUGGGCAACGCUAAGGUGUCCACACAUGGAAAGACAGUGAUGGGAGGGUUGGAUAGAGCUGUGAAGAACUUGGACGACAUCAAGAAUGCCUACAAAGCACUGAGUGUGAUGCACUCUGAGAAGCUGCAUGUGGAUCCUGAUAACUUCAGGCUUCUUGGUGACGUUGCCACCGUGUGCGUGGCAGCCAAGUUUGGCCCCUCCGUCUUCACCCCCGACGUCCAGGAGGCCUGGCAGAAGUUCCUGUCUGUGGUCGUCUCCGCUCUGGGCAGACAGUACCACUAAGGCCCCGGAGACACAUUUGACAAGAAUGUGCAGCAGUUUUUCAUUUGUUUACACAAGAUCUGAUAAAUGCCAUUGUAGCUGUUGCAACAGUGAUCAAUAAAACCUCCAGUGAACUGCA